CUUCCUAUACUUGGCAUUGCGAAGGAAGAGCAUGGCCAAAGUAAAAGUGCUAGUUAAGAACAUGGACAAGGAGUGGCUAACGAUGCUAAGGCUGGGGGCAUUUUCAUGUGAUGCUGGAGGAGAAAUCAGCCAAAUUGUCUCUUCAAAGAAACUAGCCUUAGGCAAAAGAAAAAGUGUGGUGCAGCCACCUAAGAGCAGAGCAUGCAAAGCUACUGCUUCACUAGAAAAGGUAAUUGAAUGGAUUAAGAGAUUGAGGCUCACUCAUGGUGGGAAGUGUUUAGGCACUCAAUAUUACAACUUGAGUGUUUGCUUUAGCUCUAAGUUUGAGGAGGCUAAGGAAGUAGAGGCCUUAGUGAUGAAUAUAGAUGAAUUGCCUGCAUUUAGAGUUGGCGAUGUUGAACUAGUCUUGAGGAAUCCCCCAACUAAAGAGAGUGUUGACAUUGCUAUUGCUAAGAAAGGUACCAUGGAUAGCAAACGGUCAAAAGGUAAAGUCAAGGCUAUAGCCGUUGUUAGCAAAGGAAAAGGUAGAGAUGCUAUUGAAAAGACUAGCUUUGAGUCUAGCAUAAGUAGCAAGGAUGAAUCCACUGAUAGUGAUAAAUCAUUUGAAAGUGAGAAUGGAUUUGAGCAAAAAGGUGAAGAUGAAGGCUUUUAUGGCAACAUAGACGUAAAUAGAACUGCACCUGAGGAGCUUGAGUUGGAUGUGGGCAAUGCUUUGAAGAAGCUUGUUCUCAGCAAAAACAAGAUGGACAUCGAUAAGUCAACCAUAAGUGCGGUAAAGCUGGUUACUAGUCUUAGUGAAGUUGUGCAUAGUGGUAAGCCAUCCUUGGUUCCAGCCAAGUUAAGCAAGAUUGACAACUCCGCUAUAAAAUUACUUAAGGACCUCAAUGAGAUGAAUGAAGAUAGAGAUGUAUCGCUGGCUCAAUUUGGCUUGGUGCCUACUAGUGAUGCUCAAUUGGUAGGUAAAUUUGAAGUGCACUUGAUGUUGGAGACAUUGAUAUGCCAUCUCUUAAAAACCGUCCCAGAACUAAUUGUGUGCAACAAGGUUAAGAAAAUGAUGAUUGAAGAUGCCUUCGCAAACCUUUGUGCUACUAUGCGACAGAUGGAGGUAACCCUUUUUGCCGAGAUAAAUGUGGACUCACCGUUGAUGAUGCUGAGAGUAUAAACUUCAAAGUUGGCAUAAUUUGAGGACACUUGUCAGAUCUAGUGAAGGCAUACCUUGGCAAGGGCGAGUUCAACAUGGUUGGAGGUGAUAUGGCAGGCAAUUUGGAUAGGCGAAUUCAAGAGCAGAUGAAGCAUGUCAAAAAUGAAGAAAUUCUUAGCUG